CUGCUCCUCAACGUUUGCUACCAGGUUCCUCCUCAUGUUCUGCCCUCUACACGCCCAUAUCCAACCAUAGAUGGUCGAUGCAGAGCACCUCAUGAAGGUCGACGUGUUUUCAAAGGAGCCAACUGACAAAUGUUAUUUCAUUGUUACCAACGGCAACGAGGGGAAAAGAGGCAAAAAUGGAGGUGUUGCUGAGUGAGGUGGAGAGUGGAGAACAUGGCAUGUCUGGUAGCCACAGUGUGGAGAACCCUGAUGACUGGCAUAUCAACACGAUACUGGACCCAGUUCAGCAGUGAAGGUCCAGGUUUCUCCCUCAGAACUCUGUGGAAAUGCCUCAAACCAACAAGUCCGUGAGCGGCGGCAGUGUACCAGGUCAGCUGGAUGUUCCGGAGCAGGGCGAGCCUCCGUCUCCACAGGAUGUGAGGCUGACUGCAGGAGAAGGAACGGUGGACAAGGAAGAGCAGGGAGACCCUGAGAUCAUCAAAUCUCCCAGUGAUCCCAAGAAAUACAGGUACAUUGAACUUAGCAAUGGACUCCGGGCGCUCCUCAUCUCCGACUUCAGCGGGACGGAUGGGCACUCCAAAGAUCAAAGGGAGCAGGGCGGAGCAGAUGGGAUGGAUGGAGAGGAUGAAGUACACUCUGAUGAGGGCUCUGAGGAGGAAGAGGAGAUUGAUGAGGAAGAAGAUCAGGACAGGGAUUUGAUCGAACUGGACAAAGAAAAGAUCAUGAAGAAGAGGAAGACCUCAGAGAAGCAGGCAGCAGCUGCUCUGUGCAUCGGCGUUGGGAGCUUCAGUGACCCAGAUGAUCUCCCUGGCCUCGCCCACUUCUUGGAGCACAUGGUCUUCAUGGGCAGUGAGAAGUACCCGGCAGAAAACGACUUUGACGCCUUCCUGAAGAAGCAUGGCGGGAGUGACAACGCCUCUACAGACUGUGAGAGAACCAUCUUCCAGUUUGAUGUCCACAAGAAGUAUUUCAGGGAAGCCCUGGACAGGUGGGCCCAGUUUUUCAUCUGUCCUCUGAUGAUUGAGGACGCUGUGGACCGAGAGGUGGAGGCCGUGGACAGCGAGUACCAGUUAGCCCGACCAUCUGACUCCCACCGCAAGGAGAUGCUGUUUGGAAGUCUGGCCAAACCAGGACAUCCCAUGGGCAAGUUCUGCUGGGGUAAUGCUCAGACGUUAAAGCACGAGCCAAGAGAGAAGCUGAUCAACACCUAUGAAAGGCUGCGAGACUUCUGGAGGAGAUAUUACUCUGCUCAUUACAUGACACUGGCUGUUCAAUCAAGAGAGUCGCUGGACACCCUGGAGGAGUGGGUGAGAGACAUCUUCAUCAAGAUACCCAACAACGGUGAACCCACACCCAACUUUUCCCAUCUCCAGCACCCGUUUGACACACCAGCCUUCCACAAACUCUACAGAGUGGUUCCUGUGAGGAAGGUCCAUGCUCUGACCAUCAGCUGGGCCGUACCACCGCAGGGGAAAAACUACAGAGUGAAGCCUCUUCAUUACAUCUCCUGGUUGAUCGGACAUGAGGGAGCUGGCAGCAUCCUGUCUCUGCUUAGGAAGAAGUGCUGGGCUCUGGCUCUGUUUGGGGGAAACAGUGAGACGGGCUUUGACCAGAACUCAACUUACUCCAUCUUCUCUGUCUCCAUCACUCUGACAGACCAGGGCUACCAGAACUUCUACCAGGUUGUCCACCUAGUGUUCCAGUACCUGAAGAUGCUGCAGACUCAGGGACCCCAGCAGAGGAUCUAUGAGGAAAUUCAGAAGAUUGAAGACAACGAGUUCCACUAUCAGGAGCAGACGGAUCCCAUUGAGUUUGUGGAGAACAUCUGUGAGAACAUGCAGCUGUUUCCCAAACAGGACUUCCUGACUGGAGAUCAGCUAAUGUUCCACUAUGACCCUCAGGUGAUUGAAACCGCCCUGUCUUUGCUGAUGCCGCUCAGAGCCAACCUGUUGCUGCUGUCUCCAGAGAACGAAGGCCAUUGCCCACUCAGAGAGAAGUGGUUCGGUACCAGCUACAACUAUGAGAACAUCCCAGAAGAGUGGGCACAGCGGUGGGAAUCAGACGUAAAGCUCAACCCGGACCUUCAUCUACCUGCAGAGAACCUUUUCAUUGCCACAGAUUUCAACCUGAAGACAUCCGACUCUCCAGACACAGAUUUUCCAGUCCGGAUCCUGAACCUGAGGCAAGGUGCUCUGUGGUACAAGAAGGACAACAAGUUCAAGAUCCCUAAAGCCUACAUUCGCUUCCACCUGAUCUCCCCCAUCAUCCAGGAGACACCUGACAAUCUGGUUCUGUUUGACCUCUUCAUCAACAUUCUGGCCCACAACCUGGCCGAGCUGGCCUACGAAGCUGAUGUGGCCCAGUUAGAGUACAAGCUCAUGGCUGGAGAGCAUGGACUAAUGAUCCGGCUGAAGGGUUUCAAUCACAAGCUGCCGCUGCUGCUAAAGCUAAUUGUGGAUCAGCUGAUGGACUUCAGCACCGAGCCCAGUGUCUUCAACAUGUUCAUGGAGCAGCUGAAGAAAACCUACUUUAACAUCCUCAUCAAGCAUGACAGACUGGGAAGGGACGUCCAGCUGCUGAUCCUGGAGCCCCACCGCUGGUCCGUCAUCCAGAAGUACCGGGCCCUGACUGAAGGUCUGAGCAUCCAGCAGUUGACAGCGUUUGUUGCAGCACUGAAGUCAGAGCUUUACGCUGAGGGCCUCGUCCAGGGGAACUUCACCAGUGCUGAGUCCAGGGAGUUCCUGCAGUACUUCACUAAGAAGCUGCAAUUCCAGCCUCUGGCUGCAGAGGUCCCCGUGCAGUUCCGGGUGGUGGAGCUGCCUCAGAAACAACAUCUGUGUAGAGUGAAGUCUCUGAACAAAGGAGACCCUAACUCUGAGGUCACCGUGUACUACCAGUCGGGCCUGAGGAAGCUCAGGGAACACGCUCUGAUGGAGCUGAUGGUGAUGCAUAUGGAGGAGCCAUGCUUCGACUUCCUGAGGACCAAGGAGACGCUGGGGUACCAGGUGUACCCAGCCUGCAGGAACACUUCAGGAGUUCUGGGGUUCUCUGUUACCGUGGAAACACAGGCCACAAAGUACAGCUCAGAGUUUGUGGAGCAGAAGAUCGAGGAGUUCCUGGUGACUUUUGGUGAGCGUCUGUCGUCUGUGAGCGAGGAGACCUUCCGGACCCAGGUGACGGCUCUCAUCAAGCUGAAGGAGUGUGAAGACGCCCACCUAGGGGAGGAGGUGGACCGGAACUGGUUUGAAGUGGUGACCCAGCAGUACGUCUUUGACAGACUAAACAGAGAGAUCGAGGUUCUGAAGGUCUUCACUCAGGAGGAGCUUAUCUCUUGGUUCCUGGAGCACCGUGGCAGCAGCAGCAGGAAGCUCAGUGUGCACGUGGUAGGUUUUGGGGUGGAGGAGAAUGACCUACCUGAUCAGAACCCCUGUGACUCCGCCUGCUCGGCUUACGGUCAAGUGAGCAAGCUGACCUUCCUGCCAGGCCUGGCGCCGGCGCUGCAGGACGCCACGCUGAUCACUAACAUCAGAGCUUUCACCUUGUCCCUCCCCCUCCACCCCUACCACAAAAUCAUUAGCUAGGCCCCUCCUCCUUUUUUCAUUUAGUAACAAUGGCAAGGGGUAUUUCUGUUUUUAUCUCUGUGACUGUAAUAAUGCUGCGUUCACUUCCUGUGGAAAAUCUGUAAAUAGAGCUCUGAGCUUCUGAUUGGUUCAACACUGAUCUGAGGCCAGUCUGUCAAGAAGCAGCCAAUAAGCUGAGAGGACAGAGGCAGGAAGUAAAGAUCAUAGUGAGAGGGGGGGUACUGAUGGUGAUUCCCAGGGGAAGUGAAGGCAGCACGAUGACUCAGGGCUCUGGUUUUAAAUAAAACAAGAAUCAUUUUAA